AUGGAAGAACACGGGGUGACCCAAACAGAGCACAUGGCCACCAUCGAGGCCCACGCAGUGGCCCAGCAAGUGCAGCAGGUCCAUGUGGCCACCUACACAGAGCACAGCAUGCUGAGCGCGGACGAAGACUCGCCGUCUUCGCCGGAGGACACCUCCUACGAUGACUCUGACAUCCUCAACUCCACGGCUGCCGACGAGGUCACCGCCCACCUGGCUGCGGCAGGCCCUGUGGGGAUGGCAGCAGCUGCUGCCGUGGCAACGGGUAAAAAACGAAAGCGACCACACGUUUUUGAAUCCAACCCGUCAAUCCGCAAGAGGCAGCAGACGCGUUUGCUACGGAAGCUCCGAGCCACGCUGGAUGAGUACACCACCAGAGUGGGGCAGCAGGCCAUCGUUCUGUGCAUCUCACCCUCCAAACCCAAUCCUGUCUUUAAAGUAUUCGGUGCUGCACCCUUGGAGAAUGUGGUACGCAAGUACAAGAGCAUGAUUCUGGAAGACCUGGAGUCCGCACUAGCAGAGCAUGCUCCUGCACCUCAGGAGGUUAACUCCGAGUUGCCACCCCUCACCAUCGAUGGCAUUCACAGAGGGGAAAUGAGUGUGGAUGAAUGAGAUCAGGCACAGCUGCGAGCUUUCAUCCCUGAGAUGCUGAAGUAUUCCACGGGUCGUGGGAAACCAGGCUGGGGCAAAGAAAGCUGCAAGCCCAUCUGGUGGCCUGAGGACAUUCCGUGGGCCAAUGUUCGCAGCGAUGUCCGCACAGAGGAACAGAAGCAGCGGGUGUCAUGGACCCAAGCAUUGCGGACUAUCGUGAAGAACUGCUACAAGCAGCAUGGGCGUGAAGACCUACUCUACGCAUUUGAGGAUCAGCAGACACAGCAGCAGACUACAACCACACAUAGUAUAGCACACCUGGUGCCAUCACAGACAGUGGUACAAACCUUCAGUAACCCUGAUGGCACCGUGUCCCUCAUCCAGGUUGGCACUGGUGCUACAGUUGCCACGCUGGCCGAUGCCUCAGAGUUGCCUACCACAGUUACUGUCGCACAAGUCAAUUAUUCUGCAGUGGCUGAUGGAGAGGUGGAGCAGAACUGGGCAACGCUACAGGGGGGUGAGAUGACUAUCCAGACGACGCAGGCAUCAGAGGCCACGCAGGCGGUGGCAUCAUUAGCAGAAGCAGCAGUGGCAGCAUCUCAGGAGAUGCAGCAAGGAGCAACUGUUACCAUGGCACUCAACAGUGAAGCAGCUGCCCAUGCAGUAGCCACGCUUGCUGAAGCCACUCUUCAAGGUGGAGGACAAAUUGUCUUAUCUGGUGAAACUGCAGCAGCAGUAGGAGCGCUUACCGGAGUCCAAGAUGCCAAUGGCUUCCUAGCAGCAGACUAUUCAGGUUGCAAGUGGAGCCUAGCAGAGAGUUCAUCAGGUCUCGUCCAGAUCCCCGUCAGCAUGUACCAGACCGUGGUGACCAGCCUGGCUCAAGGCAACGGCCCCGUUCAGGUGGCGAUGGCACCCGUUACCACGAGGAUAGCGGACAGUGCCGUCACCAUGGAUGGGCAGGCAGUGGAAGUGGUGACCUUGGAACAGUGA